AUGCCAGCUGCCAAUAUGACAGAAACCCUGCAGCUCCCAGCCCUGCAAGUCCCAGAGCAGCAGGUGGUGGAGGGUGGCCGUGCCUGGUCCAGUUCGUCCACCCCAACCCUGCGCAGGAAGCGCUUCAAGAUGAGGCGGAUGAAGAAUGUGCAGGAGCAGAGCCUGGAGGCCAGCAGGUAUCAGGAUUAUCCUUCCUCCAGCAAGGAAUACCUGCAGCUCCCAUCCAUUGAAAUCACCCCCUCCAGUGAUGAGGACACUCCGUGGUCCAACUGCUCCACACCCAGUGCCUCCCCGCGGCGCAAGCGCUUCCUCCUUCGGAAGUGGCUGCGUGUGAGAGAGAAGAAGGAAUACAGUGAGAGCAGCAGUCAGCAGAGCAGCCAGCAAAGCAGCCACGAUGAUGACUCGUCCCGAUUCUUGAGCCCUCAUAUGUGCGACGACAGUACUGCCAGUAACUCAAACCGCAGCACGCCUGCCUGCUCCCCAAUCCUGCGCAAACGCUCCCGGUCCCCAACACCGCAGGACUCCCAAGGAGACGCCAUGGUGGAAAAAGGCUCAGACCACUCAUCAGACAAAUCCCCUUCCACGCCGGAGCAGGGUGUACAGCGUAGCUGUUCCUCUCAGUCAGGCCGCAGUGGGGCCAAGAACUCCAAGAAAAGCCAGAGUUGGUAUAAUGUAUUGAGUCCAACAUAUAAACAACGGAAUGAAGAUUUCAGGAAACUCUUCAAACAGCUUCCUGACACGGAGCGCCUCAUUGUAGAUUACUCAUGUGCGCUACAAAGAGACAUUCUGCUGCAGGGCCGCCUCUACCUCUCUGAAAACUGGAUCUGCUUUUACAGCAACAUUUUCCGUUGGGAGACACUGCUGACAGUUCGCUUGAAGGAUAUCUGCUCGAUGACCAAGGAAAAAACAGCACGGCUCAUUCCUAAUGCCAUCCAAGUUUGCACUGACACUGAAAAGCACUUUUUUACUUCCUUUGGGGCUCGAGACAGGACGUACAUGAUGAUGUUCAGACUCUGGCAGAAUGCUCUCCUUGACAAGCCUCUCUGUCCAAAGGAGCUCUGGCACUUUGUCCACCAGUGUUAUGGGAACGAGCUGGGUCUGACCAGUGAUGAUGAAGACUAUGUGCCUCCUGAUGAUGACUUCAACACAAUGGGCUACUGUGAAGAAAUCCCCGUGGAAGAGAAUGAAGUCAACGACAGCUCCUCAAAAAGCAGCAUGGAGGCCAAGCCAGAAGCUAGCCCUCAGCUGCCAAAGAAAUCUGUCACUGCGAGCACAUUGACAUCUACGGGAAGCAGUGAAGCACCAGCCUCGUUUGAUGGAGUGCUACCAGAAGAGGAGGAGGCAGUGGCGGAGAGUCCUGUGGAAAAAGACCUUGGCAUUGCAAGUAUCAUGGGAGAGAAGAUAGAGAUCAUCGGCCCCGUGAACUCCCCUUCCCUAGACUUCAAUGACAACGAAGACAUUCCCACUGAGCUCAGUGACUCGUCAGAGACCCAUGAUGAAGGGGAAGUCCAAGCCUUUUACGAGGAUCUGAACGGCCGUCAGUAUGUGAAUGAAGUGUUCAACUUCAGCGUGGACAAACUGUACGACUUGCUUUUCACGGACUCCCAGUUCCAGAGGGACUUCAUGGAACAGCGCCGGUUCUCUGAUAUUAUCUUUCAUCCCUGGAAGAAGGAAGAAAAUGGCAAUCAGACCAGAGUGAUCUUGUAUACCAUCACCCUCACCAACCCUCUGGCCCCCAAAACUGCCACUGUCACUGAGACGCAGACAAUGUACAAAGCCAGCCAAGAAAGCGAGUGCUAUGUCAUAGAUGCAGAGGUGCUAACUCACGACGUCCCCUACCAUGAUUAUUUCUACACCAUUAACCGCUACACGUUGACUCGUGUUGCCAGAAACAAAAGCCGACUCAGGGUUUCCACAGAGCUACGUUACAGGAAACAGCCUUGGGGGCUGGUGAAAUCCUUCAUUGAGAAGAAUUUUUGGAGUGGCCUAGAAGAUUAUUUCCGUCAUUUGGAGAGCGAACUGACCAAAACCGAGAGCACGUACCUGGCUGAGGUCCACAGACAAUCCCCCAAAGAGAAAGUGAGCAAGCAAUCGACCGUGCGCCGGAGGAAACGGGCCCAUGCCCAUCUGCGGGUGCCGCACUUGGAGGAGGUGCUGAGUCCCGUCACCACCCCCACGGAUGAGGAGGUUGCACAUCGAAUCAAGCAUGUGGCAGGUUCCACUCAGACACGGCACAUCCCUGAGGAGAGCCCCAGCGGCUUCCACCUGCAGAGUGUCUCCAAGCUGCUCCUUGUCAUCAGUUUUGUUCUGGUGCUGCUGGUCAUUCUCAAUAUGAUGCUGUUCUACAAACUCUGGAUGUUAGAAUAUACUACGCAGACACUCACGGCAUGGCAGGGCUUGCGGCUCCAGGAAAGGUUACCCCAAUCUCAGACAGAAUGGGCCCAGUUACUAGAAUCUCAGCAGAAGUAUCAUGACUCAGAGCUACAAAAAUGGCGUGAGAUCAUCAAAUCCUCGGUGAUGCUUCUAGACCAGAUGAAGGAUUCGCUAAUAAAUCUUCAGAAUGGCAUCGGGUCCCGGGACUUCGGGUCAGAUCCAGAGGAGAAACGGAAACGUUUCCACUAACAGGCAGGAAUGCAGGAGGCCAGAGGACCGUGUGCAAUACGUGUAAAUAGGAUAUAUAAAUAUAUAUAUAUAAAUAUAUAUAUACA